AUGAAAUACUCCAAAGCUGUAACAGCAACAUUUACAGAUUUAAAUGGCAAACCGCAAUGUCACGUUUUAAAUCGAGAAGGAAUAAUUUUUCAUUCUGUUUUGAGUUUAUUAGAAGAAGAAAAAAUUUCUUCACUUUCUCAAACGAAAACGAGAUUGAACGUGAUAAAUAACGCAAUCUCUUCUAAUCAUAAAUUCUUCGUUAGUUUAGGUGGAGGAGAUUUAAUCGUAAUUAACUCAAAAAGUGGAAAAACCGUAACAAUAGAAACUGGAUUUUCUAUGAUAACUCAUAUUUCAUCUGAUGGCCAUUUAAUUGCUUUAUGUGACAAUGAUAAUGUUGUUGAUGUUUUUGGGAUUUCGGAGCGAAAUGUUUGUCAUAUUAAUUUGUUUAGAGAUUUUCCAAGUUGUAUUUGUGUUUCUUCUGUUUUCCACACAGUUGUUUGCGGAACAGAAGAUGGAACUGUAUUAGUUUAUUCAUCGAAUGAUGGAAUUUUAGCACAUUCAACAACAAUUGAUUUGCCUUUGUUGGAUGUUUCUGUUUCUCCAACUUUAGGAGCAAUUAUUUGUCAUGCAAAUGAUACAGCAAAUGAAAAACAUCGUUUGAUUUUUAUGACAAUAGAUUGCCAACAAUACGGUUCAGUGUCUCUGAACAAAUGCUCAAACAUGAAAGUGUUCAAAACAAAGAAUUUGGAAGAUUUCGUUGUUUGUUUCCAUUUGGAUUAUGGCUGGGUUUCCGUUAUAGAAGUUUCCAGUCUCAAAGUCAAAACUGUACCUUGUGAAAUAUUCACAAAUGUUUUAUGUGUCGAGUAUAGUGAAAUACUCAGUACAUUGUUGAUAACAACUGAAGAUGGAUUCAUUAAAUCCAUCAACAUAGAUAUAUAA